AGGAUAGAGCGCCAUCUGUGUGUCAGUGUUCGUGUGUAUAUCAGCUGCUGGGGUUCAGUGUCCGUGAGUCGAGUCCAGUUGAGCUGCCACAACGCUGACCUGAGGAUGGCUGCAGCAAGAAACAGGGUUUUUGUUAUCGGGGUGGGAAUGACUAAGUUUGAAAAGCCGGGUGCAAGGGACAUCGAUUACCCAGACAUGGCCAAAGAAGCAGGGCAGAAAGCACUGGCGGAUGCUGGGAUCAGUUACAGUGCCGUCCAGCAAGCCUGUGUAGGCUAUGUGUACGGAGACUCGACAUGUGGCCAGAGGGCUAUUUAUCACAGUCUGGGUUUGUCAGGGAUCCCAAUAAUCAACGUCAACAAUAACUGCUCUACCGGCUCCACAGCACUGUUCAUGGGCCGUCAGCUCAUUCAGGGAGGCUUGGCUGGUUGUGUUCUUGCCUUGGGCUUUGAGAAGAUGGAAAGAGGUUCACUAUCCUCAAAGUACAUGGACAGAACCAACCCUAUGGACAAGCACAUGGAGGUGAUGAUCAACCGUUACGGAGUUGCGGCGGCACCAGCUGCACCUCAGAUGUUCGGCAACGCUGGAAGAGAACACAUGGAGAAGUACGGCACGAAACCAGAGCAUUUUGCCAAAAUUGCUUGGAAGAACCACAAGCAUUCCACCAAUAAUCCAUACUCUCAGUUCCAGGAUGAAUAUAGUCUGGAGCAGGUCAUUAACUCCAGGAAGGUCUUUGAGUUCCUCACACUCUUACAGUGUUGCCCAACAUCUGAUGGGGCAGGAGCUGCGGUUCUGGCCAGUGAGACGUUUGUGAGAAGGAACGGAUUGGAGAAAAAGGCUGUGGAGAUCAUUGCUCAGGAAAUGGUCACAGACCUCACCAGUACCUUUGAGGAAAACAGCUGUAUGAAAAUGGUUGGUUAUGACAUGACCCAUCUUGCAGCUCAGAGGUGCUUUGACGCUGCUGGUCUGAAGCCAUCAGAUGUUGACGUCAUCGAGCUGCACGACUGCUUCUCUGCCAAUGAGCUCAUCACCUAUGAAGCUCUGGGACUGUGUGCUGAGGGUAAAGCUGGUGAGCUGAUUGAUCGGGGUGAUAAUACAUAUGGUGGCAAAUGGGUGAUAAACCCAAGUGGAGGACUCAUCUCUAAAGGACAUCCGCUUGGAGCCACAGGUCUAGCUCAGUGUGCAGAGCUGUGCUGGCAGCUGAGGGGGGAGGCGGGGCCUCGGCAGGUCCCCGGGGCAAAGGUCGCCCUGCAGCACAACAUCGGUCUUGGUGGAGAAAUUGAGAUUUUGACCCUGGGGCUGAAAACCAGUCAAAAAACAAAAUAUUCUAAAAUCAAAAAUAUGUUGCGACCUUUCUUUUACAUACAUUACAAGCAGACCUUUGGACUUGGUUCACACCAUAUAUGCACCAGCAGUGUUGAACUGUCUGAACUAAACCUUCUCAGCUCUCGGAUCGCUGCAGUGGCCACCAGCGCAGCCAGCGACCUCAAAGGCUUCAAAGCUCACACUGUCUUCAAGGAGAUAGAGAAGAAGCUACAGGAGGAGGGAGAGGCAUAUAUAAAGAAAAUUGGUGGUGUUUUCGCUUUCAAAGUGAAGGACGGUCCAGGUGGAAGUGAAGCAUUAUGGGUCGUGGAUGUAAAAAAUGGCAAAGGUUCAGUGACCAAUGAUGCAGGUAAAAAGGCCGACUGUACUAUCGCUAUGUCCGACUCAGAUCUGCUUGAAUUGAUGACGGGGCAGUUGAAUCCUCAGACGGCAUUUUUCCAGGGAAAACUAAAGAUCACUGGGAAUAUGGGAAUGGCCAUGAAACUUCAAAACCUUCAGCUGACACCUGGAAAAGCCAAACUGUGAAACUGCAUCUACUGAUGAACAGGGAAGGGGCACGAAUUCAUGCAAAUGAGUUGUGUGGAGAGAUGCUAGAAUGGUUAAUCAAUUUCUAAAUAUACAUUUUUCCUGAAAUAGUAUGCAUGAAGUUGUGUAAUAUUACACAAUAACAGUGAGUCUGUUGGUCAUUGCAACGUAACUGCAUAAAGAGUACCGUGUUACUAAAAUACCUGAAAGACAUAAGCAAAGCAUGUUAAAAAUUGAUCCUGUACAAUAAUAAUAAUAAUAUUGUGGUAUAUCAGGAAGAAGAAAAAAAUGUCAUGUUACCUUGGGAAAGAUAUCACAGUAAAGUAACCUUCAGAUCAUCAUCGUUUAGUUGUGAUUGGUAAAUCACCUCUUGAAUCUUGCAGAUGAACAUGGAGUCUGAACUCUCAAUUAGUAAGCUGUCCUAUAAUGUGCAUCUAACUGACUAAUAUCAGUUUAAUCAUUAGAUUUCAAACUUUACCUGCAAAGGCUUGUGCUGGACCUUUAUAUCUAGUGUGCAGUCAAUUCAGUUCAAAUAGAAGCUAAGAGUAAUAGACUUUGAUUCCGAAAUUUUCAUUGAAUCUUUAAAAGCCUUAGAACUGUGGGUGUUGGUAUAUUGUCAUUUCAGAGUAUUUUUGUAUAAUUGUACAUUAAUCAAGUUUGUAAAAAAUCACAACACUUAUUUCUAAUAAAUAUGCAAUUUACUUCAAAA